GGGAGCCGGUGCGGCUGUGAGGGGCCGCAUCUCGCCGCCGCCGCCCGGCCGGGCAUGGUGUUGGGCGCCGGGCCCGCCUCGCCUGUCUCCGGGUGCCCAGGGUAAAGGUGGCAGUAAUGCUAACGCUAGCAAGCAAACUGAAGCGCGAUGACGGUCUCAAAGGGUCCCGGACGUCAGCCACAGCGUCCGACUCCACUCGGAGGGUUUCUGUGAGAGACAAGUUGCUUGUUAAAGAGGUUGCAGAACUUGAAGCUAAUUUACCUUGUACAUGUAAAGUGCAUUUUCCUGAUCCAAACAAGCUUCAUUGCUUUCAGCUAACUGUAACCCCAGAUGAGGGUUACUACCAGGGUGGAAAAUUUCAGUUUGAAACUGAAGUUCCCGAUGCGUACAACAUGGUGCCUCCCAAAGUGAAAUGCUUGACCAGGAUUUGGCACCCCAACAUCACAGAGACAGGUGAAAUUUGUCUAAGUUUACUGAGGGAACACUCGAUUGACGGCACUGGCUGGGCUCCCACAAGAACACUGAAGGAUGUUGUUUGGGGAUUAAACUCUUUGUUUACUGAUCUUUUGAAUUUUGAUGAUCCACUGAAUAUUGAAGCUGCAGAACAUCAUUUGCGGGACAAGGAGGACUUCCGGAACAAAGUGGAUGACUACAUCAAGCGUUACGCCAGAUGAUGAAGGGGAAGCUUGCAGGCCCACGGACUGUGUUACAGUUUGUCUCUAACGUGAAACAGCAAGAGGUAGCCCCGCCUCUUCCCCGUCCUCACGCUCCCUCUCAGUCCCACUGGAUUGUCCCAGCCCUGUGACCAUGUUGUCCUGAAGAAGACCAUCUUCAUGACUGCCCAUUGUAGAUGGAGAAUUCUACAUAAAUACAGCAAGAACAUGUAUUUGGGUUUCUAAAGAGUUGUCUGCUUACCUUAACAUGUUUACUUUUUUGAAAUUGUA